UACAAAAGCUCUUAAACCCAAAAGAGCAACUCCAAAUCUUCGCUACUCGAUUUUCUCCUACAACUUAGAAAACAACGAAGAUCCAUUCCCAAAUUCAGAUUCACCCUAAAGGUUUUUUUUUUUUUUCUGUGAUCUAUAAAGUUGGUACCUUUAACAAUGUCUAAGAAACAUCGAGAAUCAUCGCGAAGUUCAAUUGAAUCUUGCACUUCACAGCUCCUCUCAUGGCGCCCAUUUCACCGCUCCAAAACCCUAGACUCAUCUGACCAACCACCGCAGUCCAAUGGGUUUCACUCCACUCCCAAACGCCCUUGCUUCUCCGAUCGAUCCACCUCUUUCUCCAUCGAAGCUAUGAGCCGUCUCUCACUCGCCGACGACGACAAUGGAGGGAAGACGUUAUCAGCUUCGAAUUACAGCAACAGAGGAAGUCUCCGGUUAGUAGCGAGGAAGCGACGGCGUUGUAAUUCGAGAUCGGUGUCUGGUCGGAGUAGUGAUCGGAGUGGGACUCGGAAAUGUUGCUCCAUUGGAGCUCAUGGGACUUGCUCCGAUUUGCCUUUCGCUGUUGGUACAGAUUCAAGUGGAGAGCUUUUUGGUGAAGCGAAUUGGGCUUCUGAUGUGAGUGAGGCGGCGAGGAAUUCGCGUAGAGAUUCCGGCGGAGAGAAGGAAGCUUCUGGUGGAUUUGGAUUCGCUAUUGGAGUUGAUCCAAUGGGGAAUGAAUCUGGGUAUGGGAGUGAACCUGGUUACAGAGGUGAUGCUGAGUUUGGUUAUGGUGAUGAAUUCGAUGAUGAAGAAGAAGAUGCCAAGCCAUUGUUUUGGGGAGAUACAGAUUCAACAAUGGGGAUGUCUCGUGAGACGAAAUUCUCAGAUGCUAAACCUCAAUUCAGGUGCCGGCGAAGAAGACAGCAUAUUGACUACAAAACUGUUGACUCCAUGAGAUGAACAUAACUAAGACAUUACUAUUCAGUCAAAGCCAAGUCUGACCUCUGGUUUAUGUGGAAGCUUUUCCGGUCUGGUCCAAAUGCAAUCCGCGCUGAUGAAGAUUCAGAGACACAAGACCAGAAGUCUUGUUGGAGAAACUUUGUAUUUUGCUAACACUUGAAUAUUUAGAGUGCUCUCUGAAGCCAUUUUUUCUUAAAGGUAUCCUUUUUUGGUGAUCAGAAUGUCUCAAAGGUUAAACGAUUACCAAAACCACAAUGUGUGUAUAGCUGUAUUUGAUUUAUAUAAGUAUUUUAAUAGUAGA